AUGGAUACCUACACAUUUGCGACUUCGCGUCAGAUAGACUUUCCCGUGUGUAUAAAGAUCAAUACUCUUGAAGGCAAGCAGACACCGGUGCCCUACUCUGUUUUGCUCAAACAUCCCGAAAUCCGCCACAUCGGGUCCGUUCAGAGUCCCACUUCGGAGCUCUAUGUGACAGCGCAACUAUGGGCCGAAUCCAAGCCGUUAGGAGUGUCUAUGCAGACUCCUCAUAUGUUCUUCAAGAACAGUCGGACCUGGAAUAAAUGGCUGGAACUACCUAUAACGGUGAAGGACUGCCCGGUCUCGUCACAGAUUGCCAUUACCGUCUGGGAUCUUUCGCCCUGCCCACUCAAUGGCAGUCUCGAUCACACUGUACCUUUCGGGGGCACAACUAUUCCACUCUUCGACCAAGAUGGGGCACUGAGGAAGGGUCGCCAGAAGUGUAGAGUUUAUCGCAAUAGAGCUGCCGAUGGACAGAUACCUUCUAGUACGCCACAUGUUCCUCGUCCAAAGCGGCGGAAACGCAAUCAACAGCCGCCUCCUACUAUCCCGGAACAGGAAGAGCUUGAGAGGCUUGAGCUGCUGUUCAAGAAGCACGAGAUGAACGAGAUUCCGCAGAACGACUGGUUGGACCAAUUAGUUUUCCAGUGUGUCGGCAAGAAAGCACGGGAAGUGGAUGAAGUAGCACGGAAACGGUCCGCUUCAUACAAGGCUGGAAAACGCCGAACUGCUGAGAAGGAUGCAACAGGACCGCAAAGCGGAACAGCAAAUGGGGGCGAGAAUUCCUCUGCUGACAGUGACUCGGAGGAUGAGCUCUUCGAUGAAGAGCAUUUUACUCUCUACGUUGAUUUCCCGCGAUGGGACUUUCCGGUUGUAUUCGAGGACCACGAGUACCAGCCGUCCAAGUUGAUGCGAGAGUUUCAGUUGACACCGUCUGCCUCGCCAGUCGGCAGCAGGAAGCCUCCGCCCGAAGUUAGGUACGGUCCGGGCAUCGCCGCUGGCAACACUAUCGUUGAUGAUGAAGACUAUCCGGUCAUCCAGAUCUUCGACCCCGAACAGUUUCAACGAGAGAACCCUUGCGAAACUAAGCAUCGCAGGCUGGUCAGGAGUGACAGGAAUGCCUACUCCGAUGCUGACCAAAAGCCUAAUGCGAAGUUGCGAGAUGAGCUCAAUGAAAUUCUCUCCUAUGGGCCCACACAGGACUUAAGUCCACAGGAGAAAGAUGUUGUUUGGACAUUCCGGCGCUACCUCAGUCGUGACAAACGGGCGCUCACCAAAGUCGUGAAAGCGACUGACUGGAGCAAUCCAAGUGAAGUAAAACAGCUGGCAGAGCUGAUUCCGAAAUGGGCCAAGAUUGAUGUCGAUUCUGCUCUCGAACUCCUGGGCCCGACAUUCGACAGUCCUGUGGUGCGUGCCUACGCAGUCGAUCGUCUUCGACAGGCUGAUGAUGCGGAGUUGCUCUUGUAUCUUCUACAGCUAGUACAGGCCCUGAAGUUUGAGAAGUAUGACACGAAGGAAGAGGGGCUGCCGUCUUCUUCGUUGGCCAAAUUUCUGAUCGACCGUGCGGCCAAUAAUUUCAUCCUGGGCAAUUACUUGCAUUGGUUCCUGAUGGUCGAGUGCGACGACCAGGGUCCUGACACAAAUGCUGCAAACCGGAAGUUGUUUGCGAGAGUGGAAUAUCACUUUAUGGUCGAGCUCGAGAAGCGUGACCCGGAACAACGCAAGACAUUGCUGAGACAAGCCGAGAUGGUUGCGGUCUUGUCACGCAUCAGCAAAGAAAUUCGCUUCAGCCGAACUAAUCGCAUAUCCAAAAUCGAGUCACUCAAGAAAUAUCUAGCGGAUCCCAAGAAUGAGCUGAUAAAAAUCGAGCCUCCUAUCCCGCUCCCCCUUGAUCCGGAGGUUGAGGUAAGCGGAGUCUAUCCUGAGGAGGCCAACGUCUUCAAGUCAUCCUUGUCCCCGCUCUUGAUCAACUUCAAGGUAGCCAGCUCAUCUAGCAGCUCUGCUACAUCGAUGCAGCCAGGGUCACAGUUCCAGGGGAAGUAUCCCAUUAUCUUCAAGACAGGUGACGACCUUCGACAAGACCAGCUCGUCAUUCAAAUCAUCACGUUGAUGAACAAUCUUUUACUGAAGGAGAAUCUUGACCUGAAGCUUACUCCUUACCGCAUUCUCGCAACAUCGCCGUCAGCCGGUGCUGUGCAAUUCAUACCGUCCACCGCUCUGUCGGCCAUAUCCGCGAAGUACAAAGGCUCAGUGCUAGCAUACCUACGUGCCAAUAACCCGGACAGCUCUGGACCUCUGGGUGUUCGCAAAGAGACCAUGGAUACUUACAUUCGAUCAUGUGCCGGAUACUGUGUGAUCACCUACAUCCUCGGCGUAGGGGACCGCCAUCUCGACAAUCUCUUGCUGCAACCUUCCGGGCAAUUCUUCCAUAUAGACUUCGGCUUCAUCCUUGGACGCGACCCCAAACCUUUUGCUCCUCUGAUCAAGCUGUGCAAGGAGAUGGUGGAAGGCUUGGGAGGGACGACAUCUCCUCAGUAUGCUCAGUUCAAACAAUACUGCUUCACCGCGUAUACAGCGCUGCGGAAGUCCAGCCCCCUGGUUCUGAAUCUGUUCAGCUUGAUGGUGCAGAGCUCGGUGCAGGAUAUUAGAUUGGUGGAGGAGCAGAUCGGAACCAUCGGUGGCGCGGUGGGCAAAGUGAGGGAAAGAUUCCACCUCGAUGUGACCGAAGAAGAGGCGGUUCGGCUGCUGGACCAGGUGCUGGCGGACAGUGUCAACGCGGUCUUUGGGGUGGUGAUUGACCGAUUACAUGAGUUCGUACAGGGAUGGCGAGCUUGA